CAACACUUCCCUACUCCUGCCUCGUAUCAACAGACGUUCAAUAUCAGCAAACAAUAGUAGAUGGCUGGGAAUUACGACUCCAGAGCCACCUGCUGUGCCGAACGGUCUCAACGGCCAUAACGACCCAAGCCUCUUCCAAUUGGCUUGGCCGUAUUGAGAGAAAUUGCUAUAUAACAAAGACCAUCAAGUCCUCCCUACUAACUUCUGCUUUCCCAUCCACAUCCAAAAAUCAUCUAAGCUCUCAUCCAUCAACACAAAAGAACAUUAACACCUUCAGGAAGGAACUAAAAAGAAAAAACCCAAACUUGAUCAGGAUCAAGGGAAACAAACACCACAACAACACAAUCUCAAGAUGAAGUUCUCAGCUUUCGCCUUCAUCUCGUUGGCCGCCUCUUCGGUCUAUGGCUCGGUCAUUGAUGUCAAUGCUCGCGAUCUUGACUCCUACGUCAACCUCGAGACUCGCGCCACAUGCUGGAAGUCCGAUAUGCAAGCCGUCAAGGACCGCAUCAACCACUACAACGUCUUUUGCCAGAUGUACAACGCUCAACCUCGCGACUCAUCUCCUCUUCCCACAUUGACUGCCGCAAAAUUGACAGGAGCAUGCUCAUGUCUCCUCGCCCAAUGGAACAAAGUAGCCAACCCUACCUCCGUGCCCUCCACAGCAGCAAACACCUGCGCCGCCUCAGACAUCAACCUGAUCAAGAAUGAAGCACCCAGAAACUUCAAAUCCUACUGCACAUGGUGGGGCUUGAUUCCUCGCUCUCGCUCAGCCAUCCCCGGUGUCAGCGCCGACCAAAUCACAAAAUCUUGCAAGUGUCUUCUUGCCGCAAACGGUGGCACCGCAACUACUGCCAUCAAAGUCAGCAGCACGAGCACAAAGACUACUGCCAAAGCCACUUCCACCGCUUCUGCAUGCAAGAAGCGCAGAAAGGUGCGCAGAACCGUCACCGUCGAGGUUGCCGCCGAGGCCACUCCUUCUUUUUAAAAGAAGAACUUUUUCUUUUUCUUCUCUUUUCCGCGUCGGUUGCCUCACCAGAUCAGCUCUCUUCAUGAUACUUCGAACGAACAGGAGUGGGAGGUGAACAGCCACGACGACAAAACUUCUUUUGUGCGACGACAAAAUCAUCAAGGGAUAGAUGCCCUUUUUUUUUUUUUUUGGAUGUUUGGAUGGAACAAUCCCUUUCUUUUCUUUACUCUUCUUCUCUUCGGAGGAGGAGAUUUUACCGGUGGAGGGUUUUAAUAGGAGGAAAGAGUUACUGCUUGCAGUGUUUACUCAAAGAGAUGGAAAGAUUGUGGCAUAGAAAAUCACUGGUUUGAUAUUUUCUGUCUCACAUAGCAUGGAGUGGAAGAAUUUAUAUAAUUUGUAUUCUAGAUAGAAAGAUUGGCUUCGUUGAGAAGAACCAAGGGAAAUACCAAGAUUUUGACCGCCCGA